AUGAUUAUAUAUGGGGGAGGAAAAAUAGAUGAACUCGUUCCCCCAGAGAACCUCUUGAAGAUCUUGACGCUUCUUCUGGUCAUCGAAUUUGUGUAUAUCUUCUGUCAAUGGCUCAUCAAGAUGUCGUUCUUGGCCUUCUAUCUGCGCGUGCUCAGCAUCUCGCCAGUAUAUAAAAAGGCAGUAUACGCUGUCAUAGUGUUUACCACGAUGCAGACAAUCGCCGUCCUGCUAUUCUAUGGGCUUCAGUGUCUACCCUUUGAUGCUUUCUUCCACCCCGAGGACUAUCCCGACGCUAAAUGCAUCCCGACACCUGUAACUCUUUACUUUCCAGCAAGCAUGAAUGUAUUUACGGAUAUGUUGAUAUACGUUCUUCCGAUCUGGCCGCUGUGGAGCCUCCAGAUGAGCAGGCGGCGCCGCAUGGGUCUUAUUGCUUGCUUCACCGUGGGCGGAACUACCGUUAUCGUCUCACUUCUCCGUUUUAUCGUGCUGGUACAACUUGCCAGCGGCUCCCGAACGUUCUACGUGUACGGCUCCGUCGCCAUCGUGACAACAAUCGAGCUUUCUACGGCUAUUAUCUCCGCCAACAUGCCCUCCCUGCGGGCUGUCUGGAAGACGCAUAUCUCGGGCACCUUGUACGCGUCCAGCGAUCGCAAAUCCGCACCUUAUGAAUUGGGCAACACGUCGCAAGCCCGUGGAAGCCGCCGGACAGGGAAGGGGACUAUCACAACGAAAUUCAAGCCAAGCAACACGCAUGGCUCCCACGCUGAGUCGGAGGAGGAGCUUUGUCAAACGCGAGAAGAAAUUCUGGUCAGCACCCAGGUGAACGUGGUUUCUACGAGAAACAAUGAUACAGAUACCCCCCGGUUACCAUCCUCAUAUUACCCGAUGAAGUAG